GAAUAACUGCAAUUACAGAGCUAUUAUCGAUACACGUUUUUUGUUACCUUGCAGAGAUACAAGGCUCGGAUUGGACCAAACUACAUUCCGUAGAUUUUCCAGUGUUGUGUUUACAGAAAUGGCUCCUCCUCUCUAGUAAGAACGACGACAUUACACGUUGUGUCAGCAAGUUAUUAUGAAUAAAUACAUUUAAAGAACAUAGAUAGCAAGCAACAACAUAUGUAGCUAUAUUCAUCAAGUGAAUCUGAAAGUUGCGCCUUCUCUUGAUAACCUUCGAACUUGCUCGAGGGAAAUAACGUUUGCUGCGCGUUAUAGCUAACUACUCACAAUAGCUAUCUAGCAGUAGCAUCUAACGUCCGCUAGCUAGCUUAUUUGGAUGUUUAUCCCUGUUUUAUGGAACGUAAACAACCAUUGAAGGGUGUGUUUCAAUAGCUUGCUAGUUUCCCCGUAUAUUCAACCUGCCACUGUGGGGAAGCAGAUCAUCAUGAACUGCCGUUCGGAGGUUCUGGAGGUGUCGGUGGAGGGAAGACAGGUCGACGAGGCUAUGCUGGCUCUGUUGCACACUAUCCUAUUGCAUCGCAGCACUGGAAAAUUUCACUACAAGAAAGAGGGCACCUACUCCAUUGGCACUGUUGGCACACAGGACAUUGACUGCGACUAUAUUGAUUUCAGUUUUGUUCGUGUUUCUUCAGAUGAGCUUGACAGGGUCAUCAGGAAAGCAGUGGUCGAAUUCAAGGAUGCCAUGGGCAACGGGACUGAUGGAAUGGGACAAAUCUCACUGGAGUUCUACCAGAAAAAGAAGUCUCGCUGGCCUUUCUCGGAUGAGUGUAUUCCAUGGGAGGUCUGGAGCAUUAAGGUCAACGUCGUCAACCUGGCCAACGAGCAGGAGAGACAGAUCUGCCGGGAGAAAGUGGGCGAGAAGCUGGGCGAGAAGGUGAUCAACAUUGUGGAGGUGAUCAACCAGCACGAGUACCUACCCAAAAUGCCCACACAGUCGGAAGUGGACAAUGUGUUCGACACCAGCCUCAAAGACGUACAGCCUUACCUGUACAAAAUCACUUUUCAGAUCACUGAUACGCUGGGCACCUCAGUAAGCACCACCAUGAGAAGGCUGAUAAAAGACACCUUAGCACUGUGAGGGAGCCUCAAGAUGAUUUGCAUCAUAAAACAUGGCUGUGGGUAGCCUGGUUCCAGAUCUGUUUGUGCUGUCUUGCCAACUCCUAUGAUUGUGACCAUAGGAUGUUAUCUAGACAACACAAAUGGAUCAGGGGCUAGGCUGUGUACUUUAUUGACGAUGGGAUGUAAUUGCUUCAUUGACAUCGGCAUUUGCAGGCCUGUGAGUGUCUUAAGUAUUAGUUAUAAGCACUGGUAGUACGCUAGAAGUACCACCAUCAAAUGUCUAAUCUGCUUUAUUCACAUUUGUAAGCAGUCAUUUUAGGAUCCUACUUAUCUAUCCCUAUUCUUUCACAAAAUGCCUUUGUCAACACUUUCACAUCCAAUAGUACAAUUUGAGCUUUUAUGUUUUUGUAUGAAGAAAGUGCUGCAAAAGUAGCAUGUCUGUCUGAAACAGGUUUUCAUUUAAUAACUGCUUUAAGUAAUUGUAAAGUAACUAUCUUAUUUAUGUUUAUGACAUUAGCUUUUGUUAUUAGAAAAUAAUGUGCAGAAAGGUGUUUCACUUUUGAAAAUAAAAUUGAUAAUCCUAA